GGGCCCGGAUCGGAGAUGGUGCUGGAUCUCAAUGUGGAGUCGCCGGCGGACUCCGGCACGUCCAGCUCGUCCGUCCUCAACUCCGGGGACGCCGGCGCCUUCCGGUUCGGCCUGCUCGGGAGCCCCGACGACGACGACUGGUCCGGGGAGGUGGCCCCGGCCGCUUCCGCGUCCGCGUACGUCACUCGGCAGCUCUUCCCCGCGACGGCGCCCGGGCACGCCGCGGCCGGGAUGAUGAUGCACCCGGACCCGGCGCCCGUGCCGGCGCCGGCGUGGCAGCCGCGCCGCGCCGAGGAGCUCGGCGUGGGGCAGCGGGUGGCGGUCCCGAAGAAGACGCGCCGCGGGCCGAGGUCCCGCAGCUCGCAGUACCGGGGCGUCACCUUCUACAGGCGGACCGGCCGCUGGGAGUCGCACAUCUGGGAUUGCGGGAAGCAGGUCUACCUAGGUGGCUUCGACACCGCGCACUCGGCCGCCAGGGCCUACGAUCGCGCGGCGAUCAAGUUCCGGGGCCUGGACGCCGACAUCAACUUCAAUCUGAGCGACUACGAGGAGGAUCUGAAGCAGAUGAGGAACUGGACCAAGGAGGAGUUCGUGCACAUCCUCCGCCGCCAGAGCACGGGCUUCGCCAGGGGCAGCUCAAAGUACCGCGGCGUCACGCUCCACAAGUGCGGCCGCUGGGAGGCGAGGAUGGGCCAGCUGCUCGGCAAGAAGUACAUAUACCUCGGGCUGUUUGACAGCGAAGUCGAAGCUGCAAGAGCUUACGACAGGGCAGCCAUUCGCUUCAACGGGAGGGAAGCUGUGACUAAUUUCGACACUAGCUCCUACAACGGGGAUCCACCACCAGACACCGAAACUGAGGCGAUCGUUGAUGCGGAUGCCCUUGACUUGGAUCUGCGGAUGUCGCAACCUCACGCGCCUGAGUCGAAGAGGGGCAACAUCAUGGCCGGUCUCCAGUUACCUUUCCCUGAAUCUUCAAGCGCGAUGGUCAAUCAGCCAAUGAGCUCAUCUUCCCAGUGGGCUGUGCAUCAACAUAGCACAGCGGUACCACCUCAGCAGCACCAACGCUUGUACCCAUCUGCUUGUCCCGGCUUCUUCCCCAACCUACAGGAGCGGCCGACUGAGCGAAGGCCCCCUGAGUUGUUGGUUCCCCAGUCAUACCCCGCGAGCUGGGGGUGGCAAAUGCCGGGCUCCUCCCACUCUCCGUUGCUCCACGCUGCAGCAUCAUCAGGAUUCUCUACCGCCGCCGGUGCAAACACCAGGCACACCGUCCCGCCGCCAUUCCCGGAUCACCGGUUCUACUAUCCCCCGUCCGCCUGAACCAGGAUGGCGGAAGCUGGUGUGGUGUGCGCGCCUCGCCGUUGGUACCCAACCGUUGUGAAUUUAAACCAGAGAGACAAAUCCCAAGUUUGUUUGGUGUCUCUGCCUCGCCACGAAUACUACUCUGUAUUACGUCGUGGCUGUUGAUUAUUAGAUUAUGUAUCUGUUCAAGCUUCUUCUCCCCGAUCAGCUGGGGAAAAACAUCCAUAUGGCAAACAAACUCAUGCAUCAAUGACAAUCUCUUCAUCCGCUUCCAGGAUGGAGUAGCAUGUUUAUGCUUAA